AUCAUUGGGAGUUCUACUACUUGCAGUCGGAAUCUGAGCACAUCUUGCAAUAAAGCGAGAAAUAGAUUACGCUUGAGUGGGCUUUCAGCUGAAGGCUGCUUUUGUUCUCCCGUUUAUGAUUUUAAAAGUUAUCUUUGCCUGUGUUUCCUCUUUUAUGUGUUUUUCCCUUUCUUUUUUGUCUGUAUUAAAAAAAAAAAUUCUACAAUGCAGUUUCCUAUUGGAUACCGUUGACUCCCUGAUUGAUACCUACCUCCCAUUGGAGCCGUGGAAACGCUGACAUCACUUGGGCUGGAGCGUACAGUUUGUCACCACCCAGCCUGCUUUGCCUUUGGCUGGGUGCAACUUCCAUUUUAGGUGUUGGAGCUGAGCAAGGGGGAAAAGAAGCCAAGGAAAGGUCCCGCAGGAAAAAGAGGUGGAGGAGUGACUCGCCGUUUCGCUUUCUUCGUCGUUUUGGUUUUGUUUUUUUUAAAAGCUCACACUGACAAGAUUCCAGUCUUACAUUCUUUAGCUCUUUGUUAGGAAACUGCACGCUUUCCCCCCUUUAUGGUUUUUUUUUUUUUUUUUUUUUGCAUUUGCAGAGGAACAAAAAGGCGUUUAGUCUUGUCCAGUCUUUUAUUCGAAGUUGCCAACCUGAAUGGUUAAAGGGGGGGAAACAGAGAAAGAGCUGCAUCGGCAACUCUCUGAUUAAACAUAUCCUGCCUCAUUUCUCGUUUCUCCUAAACCUUCAAAGAGGAGAAACAAAACUUGCCUAGGUUAGCAUCCGUGAAAGGGACUGCACAGUUCCCGGAGAAAAAACAAGGAGAGGAGGAGGAAAAAUACAAAGCCUUUUCCUUCCUGCUUCCUUGCUGUUGGUGGCGGGGCUGCUUCUCCCAUGACUUUCUGCACUUAGACCAGGCUGUGCCUUAACCAAUCAAUUCAGACCGGCCUUCCUUCACAGUGAGGGGCUCCUUCUCCCCUCCAACCCCUUUUCUGUGUGACGCCAGUUCCCACAAACCCCGUGGCAUCUCCCUGCCUUGCACCCUCUCUCCCCCCGUGCGGGGUCUUCACAACCAUGGAUGACUCAGAAGUGGAGUCGACUGCCAGUAUACUUGCCUCCGUCAAAGAGCAGGAGGCACAGUUUGAGAAACUGACACGGGCGCUGGAGGAAGAACGGCGCCAUGUCUCUGCGCAGCUGGAGCGCGUCCGUGUCUCCCCACAGGAUGCCAGCCAGACCAUGGCCAACGGCACCCUCACCCGCCGGCACCAGAACGGCCGUUUCCUGGGCAAUGCUGACCUGGAGAGGCAGAAAUUCUCAGAACUGAAACUCAACGGACCACAGGACCACAGUCAUCUCAUAUACAGCACCAUUCCCAGGAUGCAGGACCCAGGACAGAUUGUGGAAGAGACUUACACCAUGGAGGAGGACCCAGAGGGUGCCAUGUCCGUUGUUUCAGUAGAGACCUCGGAUGAUGGGACAACAACUCGCACAGAGACCAGAGUCAAGAAGGUGGUGAAGACCAUGACUACACGCACAGUACAGCAAGUUCCGCUUGGUCCCGAUGGGCUACCUGUGGAUGGCUCUCCAGUUACCAACAACUACAUCCAGACCAUGGAUAGGAACUUCAGGAAAAACGCCAAUGGUGGCCCGAGCGCCUACAUGAGCCAGCCAGGCACAGCCACCCUUCCACGAAACUACCACUAUCCAGAUGGUUAUGGCCGCCCAUAUGAGGAUGGCUAUCAUGGCAGUGAGCACAGCUAUGGCAGCUUGUCCCGUGUGACCCGCAUUGAUGAGCGCUACCGUCCCUCGAUGGAUGGCUACCGGGCCCCAAGCCGGCAAGAUGUUUAUGGGCCCCAGCCACAGGUGCGGGUAGGGGGAAGCAACAUGGACUUGAAUCGCUUCCAUGCUGAGCCUUAUGGGCUGGAGGAUGACCAGCGCAGCAUGGGAUAUGAUGACCUGGAUUAUGGCACAAUACCACCAGACUACGGUACAGGCAGACGGACUGGGACUCCCUCUGACCACCGGCAGAGACUCAGGAGUUAUGAGGACAUGUUGGCAGAUGAAUUGGCGAGAGACCAAUAUUACUUGGCUCCACUGGCCCAGUACGAGAGAGGCAGCAUAGCAAGCCUGGACAGCCUGCGGAAAGGAGGCCCUCUCCCGGCCAACUGGCGCCAGCCUGACCUUCCUGAGGUGAUAGCCAUGCUGGGGUUUCGCCUGGAUGCUGUGAAGUCGAAUGCUGCCGCUUACCUGCAGCAUUUGUGCUACCAGAACGACAAGGUGAAAACAGAAGUGCGCAAGCUGAAGGGCAUCCCUGUACUCGUGGGGCUGCUGGACCAUCCCAAGAAGGAGGUGCACUAUGGAGCCUGUGGGGCCCUCAAGAACAUCUCCUUCAGCAGGGACCAGGACAACAAGAUCGCCAUUAAGAACUGUGAUGGCAUCCCUGCUCUGGUCCGCCUGCUGCGGAAAGCACGCGAUCUGGACCUCACUGAAGUCAUUACAGGGACGCUAUGGAAUCUGUCCUCCCACGACGCAAUAAAGAUGGCCAUUGUGGACCAUGCCUUACAUGCCCUCACAGAUGAGGUUAUUAUCCCACGGUCUGGUUGGCAGAAGGAGCCCAGCGAGGAUUUGAAACCCCGCCACAUAGAGUGGGAGUCGGUGCUCACCAAUACCAUUGGCUGCCUUAGAAAUGUCAGUUCAGAGAGGAGUGAAGCCCGCCGAAAACUGCGGGAAUGUGACGGGCUUGUGGAUGCUCUUAUAUACAUUGUUCAAGCGGAAAUUGGCCAGAAAGAUUCAGAUAGCAAGCUUGUGGAAAACUGCAUCUGCCUCCUGAGGAACUUGUCCUACCAGGUGCAUCGUGAGAUCCCCCAUGCAGAUCGCUAUCAGGAAGCCCCCCUCAGUACUGCCAACAAUGCUGGCCCCCAUGCAGCCAGCUGCUUUGGUGCCAAAAAAGGCAAAGACGAGUGGUUCUCAAGAGGUAAAAAACCUACUGAGGAUCCUUCUGCUGAUAUUGUGGACUUCCCCAAAAGAUCAACUCCUGCCAAAGGUUAUGAACUCCUCUUCCAACCAGACAUUGUCCGUAUAUAUAUCUCACUGUUGAAGGAGAGCAAAACUGUCGCUAUUUUGGAGGCCUCCGCAGGAGCCAUCCAGAAUCUGUGUGCUGGCCGUUGGACGUACGGGAGGUGCAUCCGCUCUGCAUUGCGCCAGGAGAAAGGUCUCUCUGCCAUUGCUGACCUUCUGACUCAUGAGAACGAGCGUGUGGUGAAAGCUGCAUCUGGUGCCUUGCGCAACUUGGCAGUGGAUGCCCGCAACAAAGAGCUGAUAGGUAAACAUGCCAUCCCUAGCUUAGUGAAGAAUCUGCCAGGUGGACAGCAGACACAAGCCAAGAACCUCCCUGAAGAUACUGUGGUCUCCGUGCUGAAUACCAUAAACGAGGUCAUCAUGGACAACUUGGAAGCGGCAAAGAAACUGCGGGAGACGCAAGGCAUUGAGAAACUAGUGCUCAUCAACAAAUCUGGGAACCGUUCAGAGAGAGAAGUCAGAGCAGCUGCUCUUGUACUUCAGACAAUCUGGGGGUAUAAAGAGCUGCGGAAGCCACUGGAGAAAGAAGGGUGGAAGAAGUCUGACUUCCAGGUGCAUCUGAAUAACAGCUCUAAAAGCCAGGGUGGUAACUCCUUUGAUGACAGCACCUUGCCCCUCAUUGAUAAGAACCAAAAAGCAGACAAGAAAUCUUCUCGAGAGGAGAUCCAGAUGAGCAACAUGGGACCAGAUAACUACUCUACACUGAAUGAGCGAGACCAUAAUAGGACUUUGGACCGAUCAGCAGAAGAAAUGGAGUCGAUGAAGGGUGCACCACUGAUGCAAAAGAUCUAGAACUGCCACCAGUCUGCCUUCUCAGUUUUGGGUUUAUAACAUGUGUAUAACUCUUCGUGGUGAAAUGGACUGAUUUUUUUUUUAAUCGCUUGGCACACAAGUCCAGCCACCUGGCCAAAUGACUGGUCCCUUGAACCUACAGGGCCUCAACCUCCCUGUAGAGGGUUGCGCAUCCAAUCCUCUGGACAUUUUUUUUUGUCUCUCUCUUCUCAAAAGUGCAGCAAUUCCUGAAGACCAAAUACUCUUGAUGGAUUUCACUAGAGCAACUAAGGCAGACAUUUAAAAAUAGAAGCUGCUGCUGCUGCAUCUACAGCAGAAGAUAGAAGCCACUGAUGCAGACAGAUCUCCACUCUGAACUCUGCCAUACUGGAACUAGUUUUUCUUGAGGAGUCGGCUCUCUGAGUGCAUGGAGACUGUCUUCUCCUUCGCUUAGCCUAUAGAAUAUAUUUUUGUGUGUGAUCAUCUUUUUUUCAACAAAGGAUGCUGGGAAUACUGGAACAUUCCUGGUGGUGGUGGUGAGGGAGGGUGGGGGUUGACAAAGGAGGGAACAGCUUGUGAGUGGCUGCCUCUGGGCCAUCUGGAGGCAAGAUGGCCAUAAAGCGUGUGCCUCUUGGAGGUGACAGCCCUCUGUAUCCUCAUAGGCUGAGGAAGAAUGUUGUGGGUUUGUCUUUGUUUUCUCCUGUUUCCGAGUGGCUUCUGGGUGGCUUGAUCUGAGACGGACGAAGGCAGGAGUUUAGGAAGCUAUUUAUUUAUGGGAGGAGAGCAGCUUGGGGUGCAAGGAAUUUGAGUGGUGGGAAGAGGGUGCCAAGUACGUUAAGUGAAAGUUGGUGGAAGGGACGGAAGUCUUCAUACCUAGAAGCAGCAACCUUCGCUCUCUGGUGGUGGCGGGCAGAAAACAUGAGGCAUCUAGUUGUGGGAGAUUAAACUUCCAGGUGAUUGGUGCCUGGGCUGGGUUGUGAAGGCUGAGGAGGAGGAAGUUAGGUGAUGGGGGUAAAGUGCGAAGGAGUGGAAGCCACUUGUAAAUAUUUGCCUAUAUCCUCCCAUGCAGGCAGGGGAAUGCAACGGUUAUCUGUCACUAUUUACACGUGCCUUUCUUUGCCACUGUGAAAUAACGUGGUGCUUUUGCCCAUUUGGAGUGAGAGAGGAAGAGUGCCUGGACUGGAAGGAUGGAUUUUUGGCCCAGGGUUGUGCUUGGGCUCUCUUCCUACUCGCUGCAUUGGAACUAGAAUCUUGAUAUCGCCUUGUAAAAUAGCUGUACUUGCAAGGUUCAUGUUGAGGUGGGGAGACCAGGAACUAGUUUUCACUACUAAAGGUUCGCGGGCUAGGGAGGGAGAGAUGAAAGUGUUGUUUGGCGAGGAUCAUCAUGCACCUUAAUGGCUUGCCUCUUCAGGGAAUAGGAGGAGUUUAGGGUCUGCUCUGUAGAUCUUGGUCCUACUGAUCUGCCAAGGAGACAAUAUUGACUAGCUCUAGGCACCAUAUUGGUGAUGCCACCUUUUUCUACUGAAGAGGAUGGCAGCCUUUUCCCUUCUCCCCCUUUUCCCACUUCCAAGCUCUGCCUAAGCCCAGUAACAGGAAGGAAUUCUGUUGCCUCCUGGGAUUCUUUCCACAACAACAGUCCAUGCUGCACAAAAAGGCAGGCCUAAAACAGAAGAUUCUCGGUGCCUCUUGUUUGCUCUAAUCCUACUUUUUUUUGUUACUUAGGGAGGGAUUAUACAUGCAAAUCAGCCUUUUGAGGGAAUAGUCACUCAACUUUUUUAAAAUGUAAAACACUAUUUCCUUUCUUAAUUCCAGAUGAACCAAAAAUACCCUUCCCUGCUGACCAAUUCAAUGCUAUAAGGGGAACUAACUCACUGACUUCUUUUUUUGCUUUUUCUUUGCACCCAGGGGAGGGGAACAUCCUGCUGUUCUUUGAAUCCUGCGCUCGCUCUGUAAUGCUUUUAAAAUGAAAUGAUUUUUAUAUAAAUAAAGUUUUAAAGUGUG